CUCACAAAAUUCUCAGACUAGCCGUUACCUCUCUGCGUGAAACCCUAAGCCAUUCUCUUCAAUCGCAAGAGCCAACUAUUCAUCUCCCUCCGCCGCGUUCGUCGACAGCGGAAUCAGCGGCCUCCAUAUCAUCGCGGAGCCUAGAGAUCCAAUUGCUUCUAUUCCUCUGGUAUUCUCUUGGAAGUCGAUUGACAAGGAAUAAUGAAGAGACCUAGAGAGGAGGAGGAUGAUGAGUACUCGCUCCUCUAUGGAACUCUGCCGUGGUGUAGAGGUCCGAUGAUCGGCCGAGGAACUUUUGGGUCGGUAUACAGAGCAGAUCUGAAGAAACCCAGAGCUUUUGGGUCGGUUGUGGCUGUGAAAUCGGCAGAUCCCUUGAAAGGGGAUUCGCUUAUGUGGGAAAAGACGGUUCUUGAUGCACUCCAAGGCUGUCCUCAUGUUAUUCAGACAUUUGGAGCAGACACGACAAAACCCAGGAAUAGUGUUGUGCUUUACAACGUCCUGUUGGAAUUUGCUUCGGGAGGAAGCCUUUUCGAUUUAAUCGAAAAAUCAGGUGGUGGGUUGUCUGAGAGCGAUGUCAGGAAGCACACCAAGUCUAUGCUUGUGGGGUUGAAACACAUUCAUGAUCGUGGCUUCGUUCACUGUGAUUUGAAGCCUGAUAAUGUUCUUUUAGUGCCUACUGCUGAUGCUGAUGGGUUUGAGGUGAAAAUUGCUGAUUUUGGAUUGGCAAAGAGAGCUUACACUAGUUGUGAGACGCCAUCUUUGAGAGGAACGCCAUUGUAUUUAGCACCAGAAUGUGUAAUUUACGGGGUACAAGAGGCUUUCUCUGAUAUAUGGGCUCUUGGAUGCACCGUGCUUGAAAUGCUGACUGGAAAACUACCAUGGCCUACCAUGUCUGGUUCUGAGGAGUAUGAAGAUCUUAUCUCUCAAAUUGGGUCUGGAUCUGUGCCAAACAUUCCGGACAAGAUAUCAAAAGCAGCGCAGGAUUUCUUGAGGUGCUGUUUUGAAUUAAAUCACAUGGAUAGAAUGACGGCUGAUGUGCUGUUAGAUCACCCGUUUCUGGUGGGAUUAGAUGACACAGAUUCUUCUUCACAUGUUCAACUAUCAAAAGAAGCUGCUGCAAAUGCUAAGAGGAUUAAGCGCAAUCCCUCAUACUCAUAUUUUCCUUUUGGGCGUAGCUUCAUACACUUUCCUUCCGGGCAUAGCUUCAUACACUUAUCGGAGGCAGAGGUUCCAGAGGCAGAGGUUCCAGAGUGUAGUUUCAUACCCCUACCAGAUUCUUCAUCAGAAGAGGGAGAGGAGGAGGAGAUCCGAGAGCCUGCUGAUUCUUCUGCUGAGCAAAUUAACUGGAGUGCAAUUUUCCCAAAACCACUCAUCCGCUCAAGGCCUUUAGCUAAUUGGCAACAUCCCUUUACUUUCACAGCUUGUGCCGGGGCUUAGGGAUUGAAAUUAGUUUUGAUCAAAUUUUGUAUAGGCAACAACAAUUGCAUAUAACACCUCAUUUCUUAGAGAGGUUACUUGUAAAUCGGAUUAUGUUAUGUACAUUGUAGGCAUUCUUUCCACUAAAUAAUAUAAUA